CUCCACCUCUUGUCCCCCUUGUCGCUUGUAUGUGUAAUACAAACCCUGUCGACCCUUUGCCGAGAAGCUUGCGAAUACGUCGUCUGCGAGAAAUGGCACUAUCCAUCUGCCUGCAAGCUCAUUGAAUCCCCCACUCUUCUUCAACAAUAUCGCUGCCUGUCCUGGCCAGUGGUAAGUAUCUACACACACAUGUGAGCAUACAAUAUUCUUCCUCUUCUUUGUUGCCAUCCAAGAGCCUGCCCUUGAUUAGCCAAUCAUUAGUCUCCCUUGUUGGAGCCUUGUCAAUUCUCACACAGACCUGAAUUGGACUUGCUGGACGAUCCAUAUCAUGGACAUUGUCUCGCCACAAGCUCCUUUCUCCUUCCCUCCCGUUGGCGCGGGCCACACGAACCUGACAGCCGCAUGUCUCUCCUCAACUCUCCCGAGGCCAACUCUGUUCGGCGGAGAGAUACUCAGCGUUACCUCUUCGCUGGUAGCCAACUAUUCCGCAGCGUUUUGGUAUCCACCAAACUUCUUCAAUUCGGACCCGCCACUCUACGGCGAAGACAGCAACCUCGACUUCUGCAAUGUUACCGUGACGUACACACAUCCUGGUCAAAACGACACGGUCAACGUGAUUGUGUGGCUUCCCCUUUCGGUGUCGGAUGAGGUUCAUGUCGGUACCAAUGACCACGGACCAGAUCAUGCCGGGGCUAGCAACAAAGGAACAUCCCCAUCUUGGAACGGCCUCCUCCUCUCCCAAGGCGGCGGCGGCUUCUCCAUGUGCCUCCCCGGCUUCAUCUCUCAUGCGGCCCUUUCGCAAGGCUAUGCCAUCUCGCGCACGGACGGUGGUCAUGAACCGCAAACCUUCAGCCCUGAGCAGCCCGAGACGGAGACGUGGGCCAUGCUCUCUCCGGGAAACGUCAACUUGUACCUCCUCCAGGAUUUCGCCUCCGUCUGCUUGCACGAUAUGGCCGUCAUCUCCAAAUCCAUCGUCACCUCCUUCUACGGCGUGGCCCCGAAACACAGCUAUUUUCAGGGCUGUUCCACCGGUGGGAGACAGGGCCUGAUGCUUGCGCAACGCUAUCCGGGGGACUAUGACGGCAUCCUGGCGGCCGCUCCCGCGAUAUACUGGCCCAAGUUAAUCGUCAUGCACUAUUUCGCGCACAUGAUGAUGCAUUCCCUCAAGGCGUAUCCUCCGGCGUGUGAGCUCGAGGCGAUCACGAAAGCCGCGAUCGAGGAGUGCGACGAGUUGGACGGGGUCAAGGACGGGGUCAUCUCGAACGAGGAAGACUGUGAAUUUGACCCGUUCACGCUCGCGGGCAAGGAAAUCCCCUGUAGGAUGGAGUACGCCGACGACGUCGAUGAAGACGAGGACGAAGGUGACGACGAGCAGCGCCGGCAGCGAGCAAAUCACACGGUCAUCAGAGUCGGCUACGCGGGCCCGCACAUCGCGUGGCACCUCUGGGGCGCCGCCCCGGGCUCCCUCCGCGAACCCAACUGGCACCGCCUGACGCACUCGACGCCCCUGACGUCCUUCGCCGCCACGACCUGCUUCCGCAAAAACAACACCUGCGUGGCCAACCCGAGCCCCUUGAUGCUCGACUGGAUCCGGCUCUUUCUCUACAAGGACCCCAGCCUCACGGCCGCGGACCUCGCCGAGCGCAUCACGCUGCCCGAGCUCGGCCGCCUCUUCGCCCAGUCCGAGGAGGAGUACCACUCGUUCCUCGCGACCAGCAACCCGGACCUGAGCGCGUUCCACCGGCGUGGCGGCAAGAUGAUCACCUGGCACGGCACGAGUGACGAGGCCAUCAUGCCGGGCCAGACGCAGCAGUACUACGACGAGGUGCUGCGCCACGCAGGCACCCCGCACUCGGGCAUCGACGGCGAGGUCAGGGACUUUUACCGCAUCUUCCUCGCCCCGGGCGUGCAGCACUGCGGUGGCGGGGAGGGCGCCCUGCCCGUCGACGUGCUGGGCCAGCUGAGGCGGUGGGUCGAAGAAGGCGUCGCCCCGGACGUGCUCCACGGAGAGAGCUUCACCCGCCGCCACGGCGACAAGAUCCGCAGGCCGCUGUGCCGGUAUCCGCUCGUGGCGAGGUACAAGGGCCACGGCGACGCGAAGAAGGCAGAGAGCUUUGAGUGUGCGACCUCGUUCUGAGCACGUGGGUUUCGAAAUGUCUGGGAUAUUAUAGUGUCGGUGGUUUGAGCUGGUUGAUAUAGUCGGACGGCGGUGUGGACCGUCGACCCCAUGUGGUGGUUGAAAAGCAAAGAUACAGGUAAACAAAAGGGUCAAUCAAGCACAUCCUGGUCUCCUCGAGCACAACGCGAAUUUGCCAUGUUACGUGUAUAAUUUACAUUUUCCAUCCUCACCGGCCAUGUCCCUUGGUCCUCGCAGAGCUAGAGAGGGCUCGAUAAGCAGGUAUGUAACAAAGAUCCUCUCUCUGUAAUAUCUCACA